UUCAGAUAAAAUGCCGAAAAUGAAAGGAUUUUCAGAGCACACACCUCUAUUCAAAUUUUUAGACCGAAGACGAUCUGGUAUCCGACCAUAUCCUGGGGAAUCAAAUCUUUUUAAUUCAAAACUGGCACAAGGACUUCUCAACAAACAAACAGAUAUAUCAGUUCCAUACUUCCAGAACUCCACUACCCCAUCCUAUAGAUCUGAGAGAAUACAUAAAGGAAGAGUUAUUAUGCAAGAAACAGCCAUACACUCAACAGGAGGAAUAUUCAACCUUGAGUUUAGUCCGGAUGGACGGAUCCUAUCCGCAGCGUGUGAACGGAAAAACAUUCUAAUAUUUGACCCGCUCACGAGGCAGGUUGUGAAGAGUAUAGAGAACGCACACCAGGAUUGUGUAAAUUGCGUCAGAUUUCUAGACACACGAACCUUUGCCAGUUGUUCAGACGACUACACGGUAGCGCUGUGGGAUGUUCGAAAUUUAAAAACUCGGGUUCGAACCCUGCAAGGACACACAAACUGGGUCAAGAACAUCGAAUAUUCGCAGCACGAUAACGCUCUCGUCACAUCAGGGUUUGAUGGUGCGAUUUAUACAUGGGACUUCAAUAAAUACUCAGAAACCAAUCCAGAAUUUAAUAAGGUGUUCUAUACUGCUGGGCUGAUGAGGAUGAGAUUAACCCCAGCUGCUGAUAAAAUGGUGAUAUCUCACAUGAAGGGAUAUCUGCUUGUAGUUCAUGAUCUCAAUCUUCAAACUCUCCGUCAGGAUUUAGAAGGAUUUAAACCAAAUUUGUACCGAAUGAUGCAGUUGUCAGGACAACCUCGAGAACUAGCCUGUAUUUACACAAGACUGUUCCACGCUAAACGGAAUCGUAUUGAGCUGAUAUCUGAUUUCCCAGACCUAAACGAUGCAGAUACUAUUUCAAGUUUAAGAAUUCACCCUCAAGGUUGGGUUGCUGUAUCGAGAAAUACGUCGGCAGAUGAAAACUCAGAAUGGUGUUGCGUACAUGAUAUACAGUCUAUAGAUACCAGGGAGGAAGAUGAUGAACUAGUUAAACCAAUAACCUGGAGACGAGCUCCAGCUCCUGUUCUUCCCGUUCUAGACAGUAUUGAUGAUGUUGGCGGAGAAGUUCAACGGUUUAGAAGUGGGAGAAUAGAAAUAAUAUCAACAGGAGCUAGAACAAGUCAGGGAGAGGAUGGGAAUGCUGUGAUACACAUAGAUCUCAGGGUUAGAAGACGACAACGAGAUAAUCCGGAUGAGGAUGAUGAUGAGGCUGAGGGUCGUGAUGUUGAUGUAGAGAAUGAGGAUGGAGGAUCUGAAGAAACCAAUGUAGAUGGAACGAACUUUAUUGCAGCAGAAAGUAUGGCAGCCCUGGAUCUAUUAGGUGAGUUGACGAGGCAUCGCCGUGAUACAGAUGCAUUAAACCAAGAUGGCGGAGCUGGGGAUAGACGCCAGAGACAUGACACCCAAGCUGACCAGCCGGUUAGAAACAUGCUCGACGCGCUCAGGAAUAUUGGAGGAGCAGCCGGGGCGAGUGACCGGCAGGACUGGUUGGAUGUUAUUGAACCUGUAGCUGAGGAGGAGAUAGAAGUAGAGGAUAAUAGAAUGAUAAGGAAUGAUAGACGAGGAAUUGUGAUAAUAGGAGCAAACGGUCCACGUCGGGUUUUAUAUUUUGGAUCUCCGGCUGCCCGGCGAGCACUGGACAAUAAGAUACCGGCAGAUGCUAAAAUUCAUCAAAACAUGUCUCGACUCACUCAUUACAUUGAAGAAUCUAAUACAGGUCGAGGGUUUAUUAAAGAACAGUGCUUCAGCCCUUGCGGUAGAUUUAUUGUUUCUCCGUUCGGAUUUGGAUACCGGUUGUUGGGUUGGAAUGAGCACUGCAGUGAUCUAUCCGACUGUGUUCCUGAGUCUCCAGUAGCCCUGUACGAUCUAGGAAUUAAAUCUAGUCAUACUGAGGAUGUGUUGUCAAGUGCUUUUAGUCCUACCCAUUGGUUACUGGCCACAGGAUGUAAGGCUGGACGAAUAUCCUGGCAUCAACCUUUCCUCUCAUAACCUUUCACAACUUUCCAAAUACAAAACAGAAAAGUUGCCGAAAUAUUAAUGAAAGUAGCAAUAUUGUUUCUGAGAGUAGCAUUUCAUUCAAGAGAAGCAGUAUUGUUAUUGGAAGUAGCAGUUGCCGCUUCAGCUUGAAGUAGCUUCUAGAAAAUCAGUGCUCUAAAUACUGCUGUUUAAACUUUUAAAGUAGCAGAAACUGCAUCUAAAGUAGGAGUUCUGUUGUUUAAAGUAUAAGUUCUGUUGCUUGAAUUAGCAGUUUGCUUUAAAAGUAGCAGUUUAACCAUUGGAAAAAGCAUUUUCUUCUUCAAGAGCAGGAGGAUAGUUAACGGAAUUGGCAAUUAUUGCUUCAAAAGUAGCAAUUCUGUUUUUGGAAAACGAAAGGGGUCCAAACUUCCCCGCAAUGUUCAAGGCUAAACUGUGAUAUAAAUUAUUGUAUUUUUCCUCGAUUCUAAUUUUUUACUUCUAAUACUCUUAAAUAUUAGAAAACUUAUUUCGAUCAUUUAAAAAUUUAACCCUAAACAGUUUGACGAUGUUUCGAGUUAAUAAAAAAGUCUACUUUUGCUCAAAAACGCCUGGUUGAGUUAAAUUAAGGGAUUUCAUGUGUACCAAAGUACCAAAUUAUAAAUUCUGGAAGGUUUUUAAAAGACAACUCACAAGUAGCCAUUCAAUUUGCUCUCUGUUGGGGACUCAAUUAACAUCUUCUAUUUUUGAAAUAACGGUCGCUCAGAUUUUAGUAAAUUUUGUGAAUUAGGUUUCAUUUUUAUUUUCUCGUGAAUUCUAACUUCAGAACAAAACUUUUGAGCUAGAAUUCAUUCCUCUACAGUCCACAUAGUGGUCUUGUCACUUGCAGAGAUAAAACUUUAAUUCAUAAAUUAAAGGGACUGUUAUUGUGAUUACAAGUGACCUUGUUUUGAAAAAGGGCGUGUUCUAUUUACAACGGUAACGGUCUUUAAAAACGUGUCAGAUUAAAAGUAUGGAAGAUGUUGUCGUUUUUUUUAGCGUGCAAAGCGUUUAAUUCUGAAAAUUUCGUCAUGUUCUCUCUAAGCAGAAAUGCGCAAGUCUCUACAAAAAGAACCCAAUCACAAAAUAAUCAAAUUUCCAAAGAGAAAGUGAAUUUAUAUCUCAUGUAUUCUUUAGCAGAGUAAGGUUUUGAGGGUACCGUUGUAAAUCGGACCCGCCGCUUUAUAGUUACAUAAAGUUCCUUUAAAUUUGUCAUUCGUUUUCAAUUUCUGAAUUUAAAGAGUAGGCACAGACACGUUCAUGGUUACUGGUUACUGGUUAGUAAAAUGUAAAUCACCCCCCCCCCCCCCCCCCCCUCCGAUAUGCUGCUAGGUAGUUUAAAUUCUUAUAGGAAUUGUGACAAAAAUAUGUAAAACAUAAUCCUAACGAUAAUAAGAUACCUAUUUGGUUAAUUUAUAAAUUAAAGUUCUAUGUUCCUGAACUCCCUGAACACAAUCUCAAAAUAAUACGUACCCCUUUAUUUAAGAAAUCCUAAAGCCUCGUAAUAAAAUGUUAUUUUAAUAAAUUUAUUUGUAAAAUGUCCAAAGUAAUGUUGUAAAUUUUGUUUAUUUUCAGAA